AUCCUGUUCAAAAAUACUCUGUAAUCUUGUCGACCAUUUAAUCACGUGUUGUUCGAUUAAGAUGUCGGCUCACAAAACAUUUAUUAUCAAGCGAAAGCUUGCUAAAAAGUUAAAGCAAAAUAGGCCAAUUCCUCAAUGGGUCAGAAUGCGUACUGGCAAUACUAUCAGGUAUAAUGCAAAACGACGUCACUGGAGAAGAACAAAAUUGAAAUUGUAAAAUAAAUUGUAUAUCUGGUUGCUAUACUUAUGUCAUUAUGCAUUAAUUAAUUUCUAAAUAAAUUCUAAU